AUGGUAGGCUGCGACCAUGCCGAACAAAAAGAGCUGGAGCCACCGGAGGUCCCGUCAAGUUCCAGCUCAGGUGCCUCGGAGAGUACGACCGAAUAUGAGAAACAGAAAGGUUGGGAGCCUUUUGAAAAGACGGACACCAUAAGGACACUGCCAGACAACGAGGCCAGACACGGCAAAAACAAGCUGGAACCUCAACCGAGCUGGCAGGCACACCACCAUGGCAUACUCAAGUUUAGGUCUGUUGACGACGACCUGCCCACCAACUGGUGGUUUGCCUCCACCGCCAUCCCGCUGAUCGCGGCCACCUUUGCGCCCAUGGCUAAUUUGAUAUCCAUCACCGCCCUGGUCGUUCCUUGGAGGAAUAGACUCACCCAAAGCAAGACCGAGUUUCCUCUGACCUAUCAGUCCACUUCCGUGGGCUACAGCGAUCCUCGAUGGUGUGUCGACCUCAAUAUUGCCUCUCUCGUCUGUGGAUUCGUAGGCAACCUUUUCCUUCUCUUCAAUUUCACUCGACGCGUCCGAUACAUUGUCGCUCUCCCUGCGACCAUUGUGCUCUUCUACAUCGCCUCAGGUAUACUGAUCGGUCUGACCGUGUCGAUGAAGCUUCAUGUCCCGCCUGGCCAAGAUGAAGUUUAUUCCCAAGGCUAUUGGAACGCCGUCAUUGCCGCCUGCCUCUACAUGUUCAACUCGAUGAUUUUGAUGGUGAAUAUGUGUGGCUAUUUCCUGGGCCACUAUCCUCAACACUUUACCCUGACCGACGAGCAGCGCAAUUUGAUUCUCCAGACAAUGAUGUUCUUUGUAUGGCUGGGUGGCGGCGGCGGCGUCUACUCGAGAAUCGAAGGUUGGACGUAUCCAGAUGCCGUGUAUUUCUGCGACGUCACUAUCCUGACCGUCGGGUUUGGAGACUUUUAUCCCACCAACGACCUUGCUCGGGGACUAGUGUUUCCCUACUCGGUAGGCGGGAUUAUCAUUCUGGGUUUGAUGGUCAGCUCCAUCCACAAGUUCGCUGGUGAGCUUAGUACAAUCAACGUACUCCGUAAACAUGUCGAACGAAAAAGGGUCCACACCCUAUCGCGGGUUGUGACGGUGAACGAUGGCGAAGAUGACAAGAGACGAGAUGACCUAGAGAGAGAGGUGGCAGUGGAGGAAAGAAGCGGUCGACGGCCACAGAUUUCAUCUCCCUUGCCAAAUCCGCAGAUCCAGCAUGACUUGGAUGAAGCAGCAGCGCGUCUCGACGGAACCACCAUUCGAGAUUCCACUCAGGAUCGCCACAUCGACUUUGGUAACACCAAUGCUUCGGAGCUGAAGAAGGCAGAGGAGCCUAAGCCGCACCCCAGGCAGUUCCUGAGCUCGGCGAUACACAGAGGUCCCAUCCGCAGCACCUUCCAUUUCAUCACAAAACCCUUGAGAGGCUCGAAAUCGCAGAAUAAGGCCAUCUUGAUGAAAGAAGAGAAGGACAAAUUUAAUGCCAUGCGGAAUAUUCAGCUUAACGCGAAAAAGUUCAAAAAGUGGUACGCAUUGUGUCUGUCGGUGAUAGCAUUCGGCAUUCUGUGGUGCAUCGGAGCAGUGGUGUUUUGGAUCGCCGAGCACAACACCCAACAUCUCAGCUACUUUCAGGCUUUGUACUUCUGCUAUGUCAGCUUGCUGACCAUUGGCUAUGGCGAUUUGAGUCCCAAGAGCAACGCUGGCAAGCCGUUCUUCGUGGUAUGGUCGUUGAUCGCUGUGCCGACCAUGACCAUCCUCAUUUCCGACAUGGGUGACACUGUCAUCUCGAGUUUCAAGCAGGGAACCUUUAAACUUGGCGACUUGACUGUCCUUCCAAAGGCAGGUCUUUGGCGCGACAUUGUCAUGCAGCAUCCUUGGCUCUGGAACUGGAUGAACAGAAGGGCUGAGAAGAAACGUCUGAAGGCGGGGAUGCCUUUCGGUCCGGCCCCCGACGAAGCUCGUCCUGACUUGAGCAUUGAACAGCUGGCCGCGGAGGAACCGACCGAGGCGGAACUGACACAGCGUCUAGCUUGGGCCAUUCGCAAGACCGCCGACGAUCUCCAACAUGCCCCAGGGAAACGCUACACCUAUGAAGAGUGGUGUGAAUACAGCCGUUUGAUUCGGUUCACCAAAGUGGGCCUCGAUCAAAUGGAAUAUGACGAGGAAACGGACGGAGUGGUUGAAUGGGACUGGCUCGAGGAGAACAGUCCUAUGCUGAGUGAGCAGAGCGAGGCUGAGUGGAUCCUGGACCGGCUUUGCGAGAGUUUGCUCCGUUUGCUCAAGAAGAACAUGAUUGCAAAUGGUAUCGAUCCCAAUUCAGCAUUGCCUCGGCGGAGCAACACCGAUCUUAGUGUCUUCAACUUCAACCGUAGCGGCACUAUCUAUGAAGACCCGUCGUGGGCCCGGAAGCCUGACUCGUCGGCAAAAGGCAAGGGCCAUGGUGAGCCCCGUGUUCCAAACCAGUCGCAGGCACGCCAACGAAGGGCAUCAGGUGCUGAUGCAGUGCUCACAUUUUUCACCGGCGACAGAAAGGGUGACCAUACAUAUGCUACCGAAACGCCCCAGUGGAGCACGAGAGCGCAAGAACGGAUGAAGGAGCGUCGACGAGGUAGCAAACUCAGGCGAAGGGGGCCAUUCAGCAAGCUUGAACACCGUGGAACGACAGGGGCAGUCGGUGGCGGCCGGGGUGGAGCCGGAAUUCGCACUCUGAAGAUGAGACAUUUUCGUGGAAACAGGGACGAGCAGGAUGACAUGCGGAUAUGA